AAUAUUAAUAUUCUCUUCUUUCUCUUUGAUUGAUCUUUUUUCUACGACGACUGUGAUGUGAUAAAAAUAUUUUUUGUAUCACCGAGAGAUUUAAUCUAAUAUUUACUUAAUUGAUAUUUAUAGUAAGACGUAAUACUUCGUUAAACAUAAAUGGUUUUAGCGCACCAUCAGCGAUCUUGAUCUGGAACUGUCAGCUGACGAAUGGUCGAACGUAAACAAAGGCCAUGUCAAGAACCUUCAAAGUGGUGAAAUAUAUUAUUACUUUGUGAUUCACGAUCUAUCUUAACAAAACACAAUGGAUGUUGAUGGUACGUCUUGCCCUAACCCAACCAGUGUUGGGGAAAUCGAUCAAAACCUACUUUUGCAAUUCAGCUGUAUGAAUACAUCAGAUAGAGAAGAACUUAUAGGUCAAAUGCAAAGACUAUUAGGUGCCAGCCUGACCUAUAACACUGCUACCUUCUUCUUGGACAUGAGCAACUGGAACUUACAGGCAGCUAUCUGUUCAUACCUGGAUUACACAUUGCCACCUAAGCUGCCAUCCAUGGCACUCAAAGCAGCUCAGAGCCAAGAGACAGCUGUUGGGCCAGGCACUUGUUUUGAGCAGACAUGGAGCAUUGCCAACACGGGGGCGGAUCAAUGGCCGGGAAGCUGCAGGCUGGUCCAGGCAGGGGGUGAGCAGCUCGGGGCAACCCCGGUGUACGUGCCACCGCUCCCGUCCGGCCACUCUACCACCAUCACAUUGAAACUGGUGGCACCUAUCAACCCGGGCAAACACAGGGGGUUCUUCCAUCUUGUCAAUGAAAAAGGAGAGCAAAUAGGAGAUACAUUAUGGGUGGAAGUCACAGUUGAGUCUGAAACAACGAUGGCGUUGGUCCAACAACUAGCUGCCUUGCCUGUUCCUAGCAGUCGGUUGGAGGACACUGUAGGUCCAAGUCAGGGUCCAGUUAACCAGAUGCCGUCUCCUGAUGACCAGAUGUGUUGACAAAUCCAGAUUUAUGUUUGUGCUCAAACUAUCCUUAAUAUAACUUAUUAUUUUUAAAUAUUGUGUUUAAUCAGGAACUGACAUAAAAUAUAAGAAUCAUGGUUUUAAGAUGGAUGAUUAUUGAUAAGAACUGAAAAUUGGUUAUAUUACAUUUGGUUAUUAAUGUGUACCUUAUGAGCACAAGACGACAGAGCUACCUUUAUGUAGUAAAAUGC